AUGAAAUUCGUUCUCUUAUUACUUGAUAUAAUAUUAAUAUUUUUUAUUAAAAUUUUAAAAAAUUAUGAAAGGAAAUAUAUAUUAGUUAAAUGUAAUAAAUAUUAUUUAAAAAGAUCUUUUAAUGUUAAAAGAAAUAUUAAAAUAUUAAACUUUUUAAAUUUAUGUAAUUCUAGAAAAUUUUUUAAAUUAUAUAUGACUAGAAAAUUCAAGUACAAAUAUAGAAAUACUUUAGAAAAAAGGAAAAGAAAAGGACACAUAAAAAACCAAAUAAAUCAGAAAUUAAAAAAAAAACAUAGUGCAUAUAUUGUUAUAACUGAAAAAUUAAGUAAAUUAGACCCUGAUCAAAAAUAUUUUAAAUAUGAUAAAAAUAUUUUAAAAGAAUAUGAAAAUAUAAAAGAUAUCUAUAAAAAUAGAAAAUUAGGUAGAAAAUUUAAUCAAUUCAAUUACUGGUAUUCGUCAAAUAAAAAGGAAGCUAAAAUUAAUUAUAGUAGACAUGUAAAUUUUGCUAUAACUAAUAAUAAAUUUAAUUUUAAAAAUGUAUUUUCAUACUUUCAUAUAUUAGAAAUUGUUCAUGAAAAAUUUAAAAAUAAUCCAUUUUACAUUAAUGGGUUACAAGCAUUUAUAAAUAAAUAUUACGAUCCAGUUACACAAAAGAGAAUUAAAUUUUACGAUAAGAUAAAAGAGCAAUUGGAAAUUAAAAAGAAAAAUGGUGACAUAAAUAAAGAAAAAGAUACUAAAAAAAAUAUUUAUGAAAAAGGUAAUAAAAGUGAAACUGAAGAAAAUUUAGAUAAUAUAAAUAUAACUAGUGAAACACAAAAAGAUGAUAAAAUUAAUAAAAAAGAAGAUGCUGAAAAUAGUAAUAAUAACUUAGAUAUUAUAGAUGAAAAUGAAUUAAAAAAUGAUCAAAUAGAUGAUACAAAUAAUUUUCAAAAUGAUGAACAACUCGAAAAGGAGGGAGUUACUAAAUCAAAAAGUGAGUUUUUUGAAUUAAUAAAGAAUAAUAUUGGCACUUUAACAUAUUCUCAUGAGGUAAAUGAUGAUUCAUCAUUUAAACUUUUUGGUUCUUCUACAAGCUGCAUUUUGAAAAAAAAUGCACCGUUAGCUUAUGAUAUUAAAAAUCCUUUUAUGAAAUCAAAAUUAUCAUCCAAAAGAAGAAGAUUUAAAGAGAGAAAACUUUUUGAUAUAAUUAAUUUUAAAUGUAAAAAUAGAAAAGAACGUUUAAUGCUAAAUGCUGUAAGAAAAUUGUCAAAAAGAAAAAUGAAAAAUGAAAAAUAUGUUCUAGAUUCAUUGAAAGUUGCAUAA